GGAGGGCUAGGGAGCUUCUCGGAGUGGGGGGCGGUCAGUAGCUGGAACACUCGGAGGAUUCAGAUUGGGUUUGGACUGGGCAGACAGAGAGGACGGCGGCGAUGGCAGAGGGCUACACGGAGCUGGAGCAGGCCAUCGAGGUCCUGGUGCGGAAUUUCUACAAGUACGUGUCCAAGCACAGCCUCGUCCGCAACAAGAUCAGCAAGAGCAGCUUCCGCAAGAUGCUGCAGAAGGAACUGAACCACAUGCUGACGGACACAGGCAACCGAAAAGCUGCGGACAAGCUCAUCCAGAACCUGGACGCCAAUCAUGAUGGACGGAUCAGCUUCGACGAGUACUGGACCUUAAUCGGGGGCAUCUCCAGCCCCAUCGCCAACCUCAUCCGCCAACAGGAACAACAGAGCAGCAGCUAAAUGGACCCCUCCCCUCCCCUCCCCACCCCCCACCGCCCCUGCCCCAUCCCCACCCACCUCCCUUUCCUUGGCCUAAUUCCAUCCUUAAUCCAUUUACUUGUUUGCUUAAAUUCAGGCUGUGAGUUUCAACUCCUUGCAUCCACUGGGUUAAGUAACUGACCUUUCAGAUUGUGACCUUUAAGACCUUUAAGUGACUUUGAGGUUAAAGUCACUGGCCUUGGAGAAUUUGAGCAGUUCUCAGUAUGUUGGGAGUGCCAGGCUCAAAGGGCUCUGAGUUUACCCACAUCCCGCUGACUUUAUAGUUCUCCAUUACAACUUUCACGGCCUCCAGGGUCUGAGGAAACCAUCCCUGAGUCCUAAGGCUUUGGUCGCCAGCUCUGAGUUUAAGCGGAUGAAUAGCGAGUGGAAUUGCUCAGUUUAAGGAUGAUGGCUAGCCGGGGGAGGAAACAGGGAAAUUCAGGUCAGGGGAGGUGCUGGGUGAAGGGCGUGGGGGUGCGCUCCUGAGGUCAUUCCGUCCAUGCCCCUGUAGCCACACUCGUCAGGGUAUGUCCUUCCCCUGGCUUGGGAGCCAAUUUCAAUAAAAAAAAACUCCCUCUGGGGCUGUCGUCAUGGCCUUUUCAA